GACCGCAUAGGAAAAAUUGGAAAGAAAAAAAAUCCAGAGUGGUAAAACUCCCUUCCCACCACUCCCAUCAAGUUUUUUCCGAGAAUGGAAGAAUAACAUAGACGUGUAGCUCUUCCUCCUCCCACUCCAUAGUGUUGCUACUCCUUCAAUUCCCAAAAGCAAUGUCAGAGCGAGACAUAGCUUGGGAUUUCCAUCUCCGUAAGCUCUCUGCUAGCGGCAGAGACUCCAACACCGCCAACGAUCCUGCUUCCGAUUCAUCUCUUCUUCCUUCGGUGAAGAAGCUUCAUGAAAUAUGCAAGAACGAGUCCUCCGAGGACUUGGUAGCUAGGGUUUAUCCAUCCAUUAACAAGAUUUUCCAGCGCGCUGUCGCUUCCCUCUCUCAAUCUCGAACCUCCAAUGGCCUUCUUUUACUUGAAAUUCUUCAGUUUUACCUGGACUUUGGGGAGGUUGUUCUUCAUGAUGCGGAUCCUAGUCUCAGGACAUUUUUUCGUUUGUGCUUGAGCAGGGAAUUUGCUGAUCCUGUUGUUGCAGAAGCAACGCUUGAAUUUCUCAUCAUCAACAAGAAGAAGCUUCUAACUUCCUUCCCUAACUUAUUGCCUCAGUUUUUUCCAUUGUUGUUAAAGUUGGUUGCUUGGAAUGGUGAAAGAUUAGAGAAACUAUUUUUGAAAGCCUUUCCGGGCUUGAUGUCACCUGGGUCAUUUAUUUCCUUAUUUCCAUCUUUAGUAGACUUGCCAAUUUUGGUAGUAGCAUUGGAAAAGGUGGAAAAAAGCUCAGGACCACUAAUUGGGAGCAGCAUAGCUUCUAUUCAGAAAAAUACUGCCCCUAAGAUGCUACUUGCCCUUAUGGAUGAGGCAUAUACUGGUUCAACUAUAGAAGAUGGUGGAGGAGAUUCUGAAUCUGAGGAUAACAGUGCAAUUGAUGUAGCUGAUCCGUUUUUCCUUGAACUUUUAAAGGAUGAAAAUGAUGGUAUCGCUGAACGGCCCUGGUCGUCUCCAGUGAUGGCUGCGAUAUUACAAGCUUCGGUCAAUAGUCCUUAUUCUGAUAGGCUGAAGGCAGUACUCAACAUGGCUCCUCAUCUUCUUGAUGUGUACUUCUCCAUAGCAUUGCAUACUGUCAAUAAUUCUUUGAUUUGUGCAUUGAUUCCCCUGCUUAUGUCAAGAUUUGCAACAAUAUUUCCGGACAAAAUAUUUUCCUAUGAGGUUCGCAAGCGACUUUUGGAGUUUAUGCUCUCUACAUUUCAGUGUUCACCAAAUUUCAUUGCCCUUUUAAAGAAACCUAUAAUGGACAGACUUGGAGAAGCUUAUGACAGCCCAGAGAAGACAGAAUUGGCCUUGCAACUAUGUUGGGCCAUUGGAGAGCAUGGUGGAGGUGGUGGAUCUCACAAAGAUGAAGCCCGUGAGCUUUUUGAGAGUUUAGAACUGCUUCUGUAUGAAAACCUUUCCUCAAGUCGUGUGGGCAUGACUCAGGAGGUAUCCGAUGAGGAUACUUACAGAAGGUCAUCACAGUCCAGGCUUUUAUGUUUUGUUGUGACAGCCAUUGCAAAGCUUGCUACGUAUCAUCGAGAGUUACUGCCAAGAGCACGUGUGUCCUUGGGCAAGGUGGCUCGGUCUCGAAUUUCAGAUCCUAGAGUAUGGAGACGUGCAUGUGAUUUCCUGGGUUUGAUGAAAGACCCUGCUAUAUGUGCAUCCAUAUUGGGGCCUUCACGUCCUGCACAAGGCACCACACAGAAAGUAGGCAGCAUAAACUGGAGUGAAGGUUCAACGAAGAUGAUUGCACAUAUUCCGUUUUACAUUCUAGGGGAACAAGAAGGGCCACCUUUUCAUGAUUUCUCAUUCUCAGAUAUCAUUCCAAGCAUAUGAUUGAAGCUGAAAUUGUACCAGGUGGUCAUCUUGGUAGUUGAUAUCAUUCUGAUCUAUCCUACAUUGUUACUUUCUUAAAUCUGUAUAUUAUUAAGCCUUCCGUAAAUAAGCAAGUUCACUUUUUAGUUAUUUGUCCAGAUUUCUGGUUUAUUGCUUGGCUUUUAGCAUUGAAUCCUAAAGAUUAGGAUUCUACUUGUAGGCGGACAAGUUUGAGUAGAUUUGGCUCUUUUCUUGUUGAAACUAUGAUUUUGUCCGGCCCAUUGGAAAAUAUUUAGACCAAUGUAAUGUGAUUUUCCUGUUAAAUUUGGUUAUUUAAAAAAGUUACGGUUUCUAUUGA